CGAUCGUCCUUGUGCCUAAUUAUUUGCAGACCGGCGAGGCUCGAUGGCAGCGGUUCGAUGCCUGGGGAGGAGGCUUGGUGGAACGCUGGCGGCGGCCGCGGAGGGGCGACCCCAACUCGUGCCAAGCAGGUUCUUCAGCGAGCAUGCUCGUGAGAAGAAGCAGAAGGUGGAGGAGCUGUAUGAUGCGUUAUACAAGCGGGGGAAGAUUCCCACGACUACUCAGCAGCGUCCCUCUGUACAAACCAGUCAAGAAGUAGACGACCCUUUGCGUGUUAGGCGUUAUGCAAUGAGGAUUCGGGGUGUGUUUGACUUAGCUGCCAAGAUGACGUUAGGCUUUAUGCUGGUUGCUUAUGCGGUUAGUCCCAAACUGCCCAGAGAAGAGGACACCACCAAUACUUGCCCACAAUGCGGCUUGAGAACAUCAACGACCAGAGAAGGCACCACCAAUAAUUGAGAACCAAAGAUGAUGCUAUCUUUGUGAUAUUCUGUGAUAUGGUAUCAUGUAAUUAUAUCUCUUAUCUAGUAGUAACUAAUUGAGUAGAAUAUAUUACUCAAACAAAUUGUGCAAGGUA